UUAGGGCGGGACUUCGAUGAGAUCUUGAGUCGUCUCAAACGGUUCGAAUAAAAUCACUAGUUAAUUUGUCACGUAGUUUAAAUACAACGAUAAAAUGUUUUGCAUCUUAGUUCGUUUAUGUUUUAGAGUAUUUGGAGAUGUAAAAACUGAAAAAAUGAGAAAGUAGUAGUUUGUUUGUGUUAAGGAACGCGACUGGUCACGUGAUUGAUCUGUCAUAUGACUUUGAUGAGGCAUCGAUAGAAAAAGUACUCCGAGGCAAUUCAGUAUGUAUGUAUUCUUUAAACAAAUCUAACGUGAUGAAUUCAGAUCGAUAAACAGAUGUGGCGAAGCCUGGAGUAAAUCUCUGGAUCAUGGAGCAUUUGGGAGUUUUGUCUGUUUUCGCGACCGCUUGUCUUCUGGGAGUGGUGAUGAGUCAGACAACCCUCAGCCCUGCUGUGACGAUCACCGCAGUCAGUGCGAACGUGACCACUUUUACUCCCAGCAUGCCCGGCACUACAGAACCCAGUUGCAUAGGGAUAAACACCUCUACCUGCAUGCUCUGCACUCCUGGCUUUUACUACGAUAAUGAAACUCUGCCGUGUUCAUGUUGUCCAGAUGAAGGACAGUGUGUGUUUCCUAUGGGCUGUCUUCCUUGCUCACAGGGAUUUUAUCAGAAUCUGACAGGACAGCAGGGGUGUCUAGCGUGUUUAUCAGGCUUUUACAGCAAUUUAACUGGAAGUCCUGUGUGUCAAGCAUGUCCUACUGGUUCCUACAGUAAUACCACAGGCUCUGUCUCAUGCAUUGCCUGCACACCAGGUUUCUACACAUCUUUGCCAAAUUCAACUUCUUGUAAUUCAUGUCCUCGAGGCACGUACUGCAAUUCCUCCAAUUGUGCCCAGUGCCAGACCUGUCCUGCAGGUUCAGAAACUUUACAGAUUGCUUCCAAAGCAUGUACACCCUGUCGCCCAGGAAUGCACAAGCCGUCCCAUCAAAGAAUGUGUCAGAUUUGUAGCAGUGGUUUUUAUCAGAUUCGCUGGGGUCAGGAGAACUGUAACCUUUGCCCUGAAAACCACUAUUGUCCUAGUCCGGAUGUAAAUCCAAUCCAGUGUCCUAAUGAUGCCUUCUGCCCUGAGGGCAGCACAGCCCCGGGUUACUGCAUGGAGACCUUCUUCAGAAAAGCGGGCGAGACAUGUGAACUCGCUCCUGUUACCAUAGCACUGCUUGUUAUUGGCGGAGGAGUGGGUCUUCUCUUUAUUAUUGUUUUGGUUCUGCGGAGGAGGAAAGACAAUGACAGUGAGCUCUCCCUCGCUCGAACGUCUCUCUUACAAAAAGACAGACCGCCUGGACGCUUUUACGGAAUCCCAUGUGAUGCAGAGCCUGUAUAUGCCGGCUGGUGAUGUUACCAUUUACUUUCGAAACCAAAUUCCCCUAUAACCAAAGGAGCCUCUCUUUAUCAGCUCAGGCUUAUAUGCUUUCAGGUUGAUAUUUGAAACUCACGAGCAUUGAUACAAAAGCUGAAAAAUAUGUUACAGAUGUAAAAAAAAAUGUGUUAGUAUUUUUGUAUUUAGACAUUUUAUUGAACUGAUCCAAACUUUAUAUAUUGGUAAGAUACUAUUAGUAUUUAAUGAAUGAAGAGAACAUGUUUCAUGUUAUGGCACUUUUCUGCAUUCCCAUUUUUAAACUUGUUUACUACUGACCAUGUUACUGAAUUACAUUUUGAAGUCAUUUCGACAUCUUUUCUGUUAAGCUUGAAGAGUAAAAAAAGCUUUUCAGUAUUUUUUGUAUGUUUUGUUUAAAUUGCAUCAGAUAUUAAGUCAUGGCACUGAAAGGUUUUGGGCUGGUGCUGGAUUUUGCUUAUUUUGUUCACAUACCAUUAAUGUUGUUUUGGUACCACUACCUUUUACUACUUGGGAUUGUCAAGGUACUUUAUAUUAUAUACAUUGUUGUAUAUUUCAUGUAAUGUGCCACUUUUAAAAUGAAACACAUUUUGACAAUUUCCAGGACAAAUACUGGAAUAAAAAGCUUUGCACUACUGUAAA